AUGCACGUCAAAAUCGAAUCAGAAAUCCAAUUGCUAUUAUACCAAUCUGACUGGCUCGCGACAAGCGAAUCGUUGAGUGGGAACGGGUGGUUGAAAAAUGGUAGCUCUUCGCGGAAAGAUGAAGGGCCUCCCGGGACCAAAUCUUGGUCAACCCGGACCAUGGAUCCAGAAGUAGGUUCGGCUCGAUGGCCCGGGAACCUUCAUCCAGACCCCCUCAACGACACAACACGGAGUAGGGAGCAUUCGGAGCGAAGAGGCGGGAUAGCCGCUGGUCCUCACGGGUACUUAUCGAUACAUUCCCAGAUCAGGAAAAAAGCGCGAAUCCAACUAAAUAAGACGAAGAAAACCCGAUACUCCCAUGUAGAGGUUCUACAGGACGUGAGCUCCAUGGUGCAGGGCGAUGGAUCUGAUCGUGUGUACUUAAAUGUACUUCGUUGGGACUGGUCCAGUGACCAAACACCUGACCUGCGAUCCGAACAAACCUCCAACGUCCAUCGUCCAGAGGGAGAAUAUAGCAUGCUCUGCCACGACCACUGGUGCGCUGUUGGGGAUUUCUCCCAUGAGGUCGCUUUAGUGGGGGCCUGCCCGUCCGAUCCCAUCGGGCGUCCCCAUCCAACCGUCAAGCGCCGUCGUUACCUUCCCCAGCAGGCUUUGCCAGGCGGCCAGGCCUUGUUACCCGCUGCGCGGCGCCUCGUACCCGCCCGUUCCUCGCGGCCCACGACGAGCGCCCAGUUUGACAUGUUGACUCGUCAAGAAGGGUCCUCACUAACUAUGGCAUUGAGAAUAGACAUGCCCAGUGAUCAAAUCGGCUCGAUAGGGAGUACUGUCGAUCGUGCAAGAGCGACGAGAGCCCGUCAUGCCUGUCGAGCCAGGGACGCCCCGGUUGCGCUGAUAUAUUCCGUGGGUGAAGCCGGGCACGCAAGCUCCAAACUUUUGUCUGCUGAGUAUUCUCUUCUAUCCUUCCCACCAGAAUGA